UUUAGUUUAUUGAAAACUGAUAAUUAAUUAAAAUAGUUUAACAAUAUAUUUUAAUUAAUCAUAUUUUAACUAUUUCUUUGUUUAUAACGGUUUCAAAACCUGAAGUUGUUAUGACCCGGCUAUUGAGUAAUGGCUGAUGAAGGUAUAUCAAUUGGUGCCAUCAUUGGCAUUGUUGUGUGUUCGUUAAAUGCUAUAAUAUUGAGCGUGGUCAUCUAUGCUUAUGUACAUAAACGCCGUAAUCGUCGAGAAAAUGAUCUUGAACUUAAUCGCGGACCCAUUAGGCGUGACAUCGACUACGAUACGCAUGUCAAUUAUCUUUGCUGUCAACAGAACGGUUCCAGAUGGAAAAUUAGACGUAAACGACAACGUGUCGAGUCAGUGGCGUACAAACAGUUUUCGUAGCGACGGGUCAACCAUAUCUGCCAUACCGUCGCCAGAAGUGGACCGUCCGGUCAAAGAUGUCUACUAUAGACAAACAUUUCCCGUUCAACGCCAGGAGAGCACAGCCUCGCGGGGCAAUAAAACACUGGACCCGAACGUGGGCGUAAUGAUCAGGGAGAAUUUACAGAAAAUGAUCAUGGCAGAUAUGGACUCGGAGUCGGGUGUGAGCGGGGCCGAGGGCUUGGGAAUUGGUCUAAGUGCCGAUGAUGAUUUAAGGGGAUACACGUACGAAGGGGCCGGUAGCCAGUGUUCGACACUAAGCUCGUUGGCAUCGGGCUGGUCUGAUGAAGACGAUGAUUUUGAGUAUUUGAGCAGGCUGGGACCCAGGGUAAAGGUGUCUGGAUUGGUAGCCGUGAUACCAGACCACCAACGACUGGGUCAGGUAUACACUGAAUCGCUGGCCACUGCUAUCCAACCAAUACCAGCCACCCAUACAAACCGUUUUAUACUUGUAUACAAUAGGGUUAGAUUAGAGGCCGGUAUGUCAUCCAUCUGUAUGAAUGGGUAG